AUGAGUGAACAGCAGCAGGCGAACGAGGCCGAGAAGAACAUUGAGAUAUGGAAGGUCAAGAAGCUCAUCAAGCGCCUGGAACAGGCCCGUGGUAACGGAACCUCCAUGAUUUCGCUCAUCAUCCCCCCCAAGGAUCAAAUCUCCCGAGUCGCAAAGAUGUUGGCUGAAGAGUACGGAACUGCUAGUAACAUCAAGUCUCGCGUCAACCGUCUCUCCGUUCUGUCGGCCAUCACUUCGACCCAGCAGCGCCUCAAGCUCUACAACAAGGUNCCCCCGAACGGUCUCGUUGUCUACUGUGGUGAAAUCAUCACUGCCGAAGGAAAGGAGAGAAAGAUCAACAUCGAUUUCGAGCCCUUCAAGCCCAUCAACACCUCCUUGUACCUCUGCGACAACAAGUUCCACACCGAGGCUCUGAGCGAGCUGCUGGAGUCCGACCAGGCCUUUGGUUUCAUCAUCAUGGACGGUAACGGUGCCCUCUUCGGUACCCUCUCUGGAAACACCCGUGAGAUUCGCCAAAAGUUCUCGGUCGAUCUUCCCAAGAAGCACGGUCGUGGUGGUCAGUCUGCCCUGCGUUUUGCUCGUCUGCGCGAGGAGAAGCGUCACAACUACGUCCGCAAGGUCGCAGAACACGCCGUCCAGAACUUCAUCACCGACAACAAGGUCAACGUUGCUGGUCUGAUUCUUGCUGGUUCCGCCGAUUUCAAGAACGACCUCAACCAGUCCGAUCUCUUUGAUGGUCGUCUGUCCGCCAAGGUCGUCAAGGUUGUCGACGUUUCUUACGGUGGUGAGAACGGAUUCAACCAGGCCAUCGAACUCUCCUCCGAGACCCUCGGUAACGUCAAGUUCAUCCAGGAGAAGAAGCUCAUCAACGCCUACUUCGACGAGAUUUCCCUGGACUCUGGCAAGGUUUGCUACGGUGUUGAGGAUACUCUUCGUGCUCUGGACGCUGGUGCUGCCGAGACUUUGAUCGUCUUCGAAAACCUGGAAAUUACCCGCUGGACUCUCAAGUCUUCUUCUGGUGGCGAGAUCAUUCUGCACACCAACAAGGAGCAGGAGGCCGACCGCAGCCAAUUCAUGGACAAGGAGACUGGCCAAGAGAUGGAAAUUAUCGAGCAGAUCUCUCUCCUCGAGUGGCUGGCUGAGAAGUACCGCGACUUUGGUGCCAACCUUGAGUUCGUCUCGGACCGUUCCUCUGAGGGCAACCAGUUUGUCAAGGGUUUCGGUGGUAUCGGUGCCAUGAUGCGUUACAAGCUCAAUUUCGAGCAGCUCGCAGAGGUUGAUGAGUCUGAUGAUGAGUUCUACGAUGAUUGA